UUCUCCAACUCCACAACGACAAGCUCCGCGACCCCUUCGUGGAGCCGUCUGCAAAUUCUGCCGCCAUCGAAAUCUCCUCGCCAUCUCUCCCACACCCCCCCAACCGCCAUCAACGCGGGAAGAGAAAGAACCAGACGCGACGAAAGCUGAAUAGGCCGGAGAAGAGACGUUGCAGGCGAGGAGGACGAGUCGCAGACACCAGAUCCGGCGGCGAGGAGCAGAACCAGCAGCGGCGGCGGCUUCUUCUUCAUCGAACAGAUCGAACACUAGGAAGAUGAUAGAGAUUGUAUUGGAGUCAGCCUAACCCUACCAACCUGCGCCUGAAAUCAACUUUUCCGAUCCAUCGAUGGCGACUCGCAGAGCAAAAACAUUGUUUUGCAGAAGCUUCUGUUCUCGCUCUUCAAAUCCCUUGCGCGUUUGCGUUGUCGGAAGUGGACCUGCUGGCUUUUACACGGCCGAGAAGAUGUUGAAGGCUCAUCAAGGUGCGGAGGUUGAUAUUAUUGAUAGGUUGCCGACUCCAUAUGGAUUGGUCAGAUCCGGUGUGGCCCCGGAUCAUCCUGAGACUAAGGUUGUGAGCAACCAGUUUUCUCGGGUUGCUCAAAAUGCACGAUGCUCAUUCUUUGGAAAUGUUUCACUUGGAUCUUCUGUAUCUUUGGCUGAGCUCAGGGAGAUAUAUCAUGUGGUUGUGCUUGCCUAUGGUGCUGAAAGUGACAGACUUCUUGGCAUUCCAGGAGAAGAUUUGGCAGGGAUACACUCAGCUAGAGAAUUUGUUUGGUGGUACAAUGGGCAUCCUGACUGUCAAUAUUUGUUUCCAGACUUGAAAAGCAGUGAUACUGCUGUUAUUCUUGGUCAGGGGAAUGUAGCUCUUGAUGUUGCACGUAUUCUUUUACGACCUACUGCAGAACUAGCAGUAACUGAUAUUGCUAGCCAUGCGUUGGCUGCUCUGGAGGAGAGCUCUAUAAGAAAAGUGUAUCUGGUUGGAAGACGUGGACCUGUUCAAGCGGCUUGUACUGCAAAAGAGUUGCGUGAAGUUCUUGGUAUCAAAGAUGUUGAUAUUCACAUCCAGGAAGCUGAUCUAGUGAAAACGCCAGCAGAUGAGGAAGAAAUGAAGAAUAGUCGAAUCAAGAGGAGGGUGUAUGAGCUGCUCUCUAAGGCAGUCAUGUCAGGACCAUCCCAUAACAGUACAGGUCAACGUGAACUCCACUUUGUUUUCUUCCGGAAACCAGAUAAGCUUCUAGAUUCAGAUGACAGAAGUGGUUAUGUUGCUGGUGUGCGCUUCGAGAAGACAAUUCUGAGAGAAAGUGCAGGAUCAGGAAAACAAGUAGCACUUGGCACAGGCCAAUUUGAAGACCUUGAAUGCAGGUUAGUGCUAAAGAGCAUUGGUUACAAAUCAGUACCAGUUGAAGGUUUGCCCUUUGAUGCUUCUAGAGGUGUGGUUCCAAAUGUUGGAGGCCGUGUUUUAGUUGAUUCUUUUGGAGAUCAUAAACUACUGGAAGGUGUGUAUGUAUGUGGGUGGUUGAAAAGAGGACCAACAGGAAUCAUUGCAACCAACCUUUAUUGUGCUGAGGAAACGAUUGCAAGCAUAUCUGAGGAUCUUGAGAAGGGACUAUUAGCGCCUGUACGUAGCUUGCCAAAGCCAGGCAGAGAGGGGCUUCUCCAGUUAUUAGAUGAUAGGAAUGUUAAAGUGAUUCCAUUCAGGGGUUGGGAAAAGAUUGAUGCUGAAGAGAGAAGGCUUGGAAGUUUGAAAAACAAGCCCAGAGACAAAUUAUCCACAUGGGAAGAGCUACUGAAAGUUGCCCUGGACUGAAAUUAUUGUAUACAGGCUCCCAUUUUUGUAGGUGAAUAAGGCGUGAUUUUUCACUGUAACUAUUGAGAAAGUUUGGCUAUCAAAUGAGCCAUCCUGCGAUUUAUUGGCAAUGGGAGGCUUUAAGUCUCUCCCGGGUUACAGAAAUUCAAGCUAGUUGUCAUGUAGUAAUGAUUUCUUUUUUUAAUCAACGCACUUGUAUUUAUUUGAUAAGCAUACAAAUCACAGGUUCCUAUCACCAUUGUAGUGCCGGUCGUGGCCAUAUCUCCCAUUGAGUUUGUUAUGUCUAAUGGAUCCCUUUUCCUGGUGUUCUUUACUUUCUUAUUCGAAUUAUUGCAUUCACUCAUGGUGACUUUUUUUAUGU